GGCGCGUAGCGUCUGAGUAGUCUGAGCGGUCUGAGGCAGCGAGCAGCUGCAGAACCGUCACUACCUGGCAGGUUGGUGAAAUUGUACUGCGUGUAAUGGUUGGUUGCAUUAGUGUUGUCAUUUCGCUGUUAUUAGCGUUGCAAUGACUUUGCCUGAGAGCACUGCCCCGAGUUAAAGAAAAAGCUGACGUUCUUGUUCUGGGAGUGUUGGGUCGAUUAGAUAGGACUGCUUAGCGACACACCGAGAAGAUGGCCAAUAGAAGCUCGGAUCGUGAGAAGAAGGCUUUGCAAGACGAAAUCUCUUAUCUCUCACGUUUGAUCGAUCGCCAUCAACGUAUGUCAAAACCACGUGGAGGUGCACAAAUGAGAGCUUCCAACCGCUACACAAAAGUCAACGCACAUGACUCUCAGGCCCGGAGCAUCGUGAGCUCGCCAAGAAACUUUGCCAGUGUGCAUGGUGCUGGUGCACCCAGUACUACCUGUGUUGGAAACGUUGGCAAUCUGUGUUCUCGCACGGCUUACGCGCCUACUGUACAGAGGACCCCACCGCAAACUAGCGCGACUUAUAAAGCUCCCACUGUGCACAGGACCCUACCGCAAACUCGCGUGACAUAUAAUGCACCCACUGUACACAGGACCUCACCGCAAACUACGAGGAGGCGAUCUUUGUCAACAGUUGUGCACAAGAGUAGAUACACAUUGAAGAAACUUCACCCUGGAACCACCUCUACUCAGAAGCCAGUGCAGAAGUCCACAGGAGUGUUUCCGAAAACAGCUCAAGGUACCUCAUUAGCUAUUGGCACCAACACGCCCCCAGCACAUUAUGGGUCUGUGCGGCAAGCAUCAGCUGCUGGGAAAUAUGUGUAUUGUAGGAAGAAUACAACGAAUGGAAGCGGACUGCUUGAUACACGUACUGUGACACUACCAACUGGCUCCACUGGGAGAACACCGCGACAGCUUUCGUCAACUUAUAAACUUGUUCGAAACAAAUCAAAAGUUGCUACACCACUCAAGAGUCCAAGUUCAAACCUCACUUGUAUUGGUGCCAAACGCAUUGUGAAAAAGUACAAGGUGAACAAUGUAAAUAGGUCAAGAACUUCUCAGCAGAGGCCACUUCGAUCUCAGUAUGGAAACUGUGCGGCUGCAUCUAAAGGGAAGCAGUCUUGGCCUCCGUCAUACUCAACCACCCAUUACUUCCAUGGUCAGAGAAGGAAAAUCUCUGGCAAGCCUACUUCCAGUGCAGGUUCAUCCCAAGCACACUACAUCAAGAUUGGGAAUAUUACAUACAAAGCUUCAAGAAACAAACUUUCUAGAACAUUUAAGAGAUCCCUCUCAUGUAGCCCUGUUUCUCGCAAAGCAUUCCCUCGUCAUGAGCGAGUACUAGCAGUGCGAGGAUCUGUCUACAUGAUGGAUGCAGCUGGGAAAGUGCUUCGGCGCAUCUCACAGCCGCUGUGCAAUUCAGAGCAGACAAAUGGCCGAACUCGAAUCGACGUAGGUGGAAAGACCUAUAUUGAACGGAAACCAGGAGUGCUUUCACAGACGCCAUCUGCGGAGACAAGGACAUACCUCAAUCGUACUGUUAACCGCAGUAUUCACAGGGUACGCAAUGUUGACAGCAGCCAGAAGCUGAAGCAGAAAUCGUAUUGUAUGUUCUUCAAUCGGUUUGGCCGCUGCAAUAAGGGUGACAAAUGUGCUUACAUUCAUGACCCCGAAAAAGUGGCUGUUUGCACAAGAUUUCUGCGUGGAACCUGCAGAGUGUCUGACUGCCCAUUUUCCCACAAGAUUGCACCAGAGAAGAUGCCCGUUUGUUCCUUCUUUUUGAAAGGGCGAUGUACCAAUGACCCUUGUCCGUAUCGACAUGUCAAAGUCAGCUCAAAGGCAGCAGUGUGUAAAGACUUUGCUGUACGUGGAUACUGUGCUGAUGGAAUCAAGUGCAAAAAGCAGCACAUCCUUAUUUGUCCCGAGUAUGCUACCAACAAAAAGUGCCCAAGGGGAAACAAAUGCUACUUGUCACACCGUGUUCGGGGUACAAAGCGCAAGCACGAGGAAAACUCUUCUGAAGGUGCUACCGAGGACUCUAGCAUGCCUGCUGUGCCAUUAAAGGCACCAAAAGAAAGGCAAGUACCUCUACCACUGUUUCGUUGCAAGAAGGUAAGGCUGUACAAACUGUGUGCCGAAUUUUGCUUUUCAUAGCGCAAGCUGUGCUGGUCCCAGUACCACUAAGGAAGAUGAGCAGGGAAGUCGGCAGAUGUCAAAGGCUCCUCUAUUCAUACCACUCGAAUCUAGUCCACGUUUGACCACACCUUCAGCUGGUAUUCGGAAGCAAUAUACUGUGGACUGCUACAGUAAAAGCUAGUUGAUUCAGAUUUCACAGGACUGGAAAAAAAUAUCUGAAUGAUUAAAUUAUUGAUGACGUCAAGAAAAUAAACAAAUGCCUGCUACACCUUUACUAACUGCAUGAAUCUACAGAUCCUGUUACUAUUUUACAAAAAGCAUUGCGUAAGCUGUCACUUCCUGUGCAAUUUAGCCAGAUUGGAGACCCGCGUCAUCAUCAAAGACAUGCUCCCUUCCCCUUCUCUUCCUUUUACCUGGUGCACAUGGCAGUGUUUUUUUACCAGUGAGCUGGCUGGCAGAUUGUCCGUCCAUCACAGUGUCUGUGACAUAGCACGCCACAGAGUCAAAACAAAACUACUGAGCAUUGCAUCAGUUGUGAAGGCACACAACCAAUGUGGUGGUAAAUGCAAAUAGGCUCUACGUGUUCUGGCUUUCUUGUAAUAACCAUAUGGUUCCUGCUGAUCACUAUGGUGAUGCGGGUUGCGCCAGUUUGUUUCUGUUGGAUGCUGUCUGCAUUUUUGCUCUUUUUGAUAGCACGUUCACGGUGCUUCGUGCGUGGCGCGCGCUGUUCGGAUCAUCCAAAUUAACCGGGUUGCGGCCAAAAAAUGAGGGCUUUACCAUGUAUGAUCAUGUGGGCACUUAGGGAGGGCAGAGAAAAUCACAGCAGACGCACCGUUUUCAAACAUGCCAGCAUUUUUUAUUGUACCUUAGCAUACUAUUGCAACGAGGGCACAAGAAAGGCACAUGAACAUAGACACAGCACUCCAACAUGCCACGCCAACAAGCUGCAUUGCAAUGUUCGUUUAGAUACUGGUGCACAGCUGUCGCACCUAAUGCACAGCUCUGUUGGUUCUACCAACAUUUAUGCUACUCUAAUAAACUUGUGAGCAUGCAUCAGAAAAGUUGAUUUAAUGUUAAAGUAUAAAUUGUGCAAGUGAAUUUGCAGGAAACGUUUGGAAUAUCAAAAGUAUGUGCAAUUGUCUCAUUUGGCCAGCACCUUUCUGCACUAUGCAUUAGCCACAAGAACAUUCGUAACAACUUCCUUUAUUUUGCCCUGCGUGGCAGCACCUCUCUUUCCCCUCAAAGGAGCUGGAGUUAUGAGAGAUAAUUUACUAAGUAAAAAUAGAAUGGGGAUGUUGUAGCGGGCCAGGCCAAGAAUCCGCUUGAGCUAUAUACUGCAGUUUAUUCUUGCGUCAGCAGUGAUACAGUAACAUGGUUACUCAUUAAUAACUCCUUUUUAAAGAGGCUCAGCCUGUUUCUCAGCAGUUCUGAGCCAGUACGUUGAUUAGCAUUGGGGUCAUCUUCUUUAGCUUUGCUUCUUUUUCAAACAUCAGUAGCAACUCUGAAAACAACUCAGUGUGCAUGCUAUGGAGAUGGGUGUUGUAAUGUAUAUGAACACCUUAUACACAGAAUUGUGGCUACAUUUUUGCGAUACUUAUGCCCGGGAACCUACAAAGCAUGCAAUGUUGCAAUUGCUAUGGUUUGGAGAAGUUGCUUUAUGUACCGUCGUCCUCAUUGUCCAGUUCGUUCAGUCUCCUUGCUGGCUCAAUGUUCUUGAAACUACAUAAUCUUCACGCCCAGUAGUAGACCUGUAUGCAGCAAAUUAUGUACAUGUAAUCAGUUACGUUAUUGGCAUGGAAGUACAACAGGCAACACAGGCUUGAGUACUUGAAUUUGGCAGGAACUGUUGUCACAGUCAUGCAAUAAGCAGCCUCGUGGUUCUGUAUGUUUUGACAGGCAAACCCGGACAUUCAUUGUUUCAUCAUAGUGCUGGAUGUUGGCCGACUAAUUGAGCUGAUACAGCCAUGGUUGGAUUAUGGUGGCCAUCUUAUCAGUGGCCCUACCUAUAUUGAGCACCUUCUCCAAGCCAUGGCAACUGCAAAGUUCUGCUUUGCAGGGUGCUGAGGUGCAAGCAUUGUAACAAUGUUGACAGUUAAUGCCCUUAGAAGCUAAUUAGUUUUUGAAGGAAGUAAUUAUGAUCGGUUACAUCUCAUUUAGUUAAAUAACUAUAAUGUGUAAUUUUAAAUGCACUUCAUUGCAAAAUCACAUGUGAAGCCUGUGCCAGAGAUACCUUGAUUUUUGUCAACUUAAAAAUGAAGUACUGCCUUACUCUGCCAUGAAAUCCCGAGCAAGCGCCCCCCUCCCUUUUUCGGGAGAUUUGAAAUAUGCGCCAAUGACUGAGCAAGCGCCCUCCCCUCCCGUCAUUUUCACUGUUUUAUUCACUGUUUUUAUUUGCCCGACUAGGGCGAAUAACAAUAGUGAAUGCGUGCGUAUUCAAUGAAGCAUUUCACUGAAAGCACGCGCGGUUCUUCUGCCGCCACCUUGAAUUUUGAUCCGUGACCGAGCCCCUGUCCAAAUCAUGUUGGAUUAUAUUUCACAGCAGGGGGGCACUUGCUCGGUAUUUUACGGUAGUUUUGUUGACAACUAGUGAAAUGGCCAACACAUCUCAAGUGCAGUGACGCCAGCUAUACUUCCGUUAACAGCAGCGUUUUGCAUCAUUCUGCUUUUGUCAUGCCACUGCUGAUUGUACUCAUGCAUUGAUGCCAAUAUUUUCAAACUUGUGCUUGCAAAGAAAAUGCCACAUGUGUGUGCAUACAUGCACACCCACAUACACUAAGCAUUUACUGAUCCUGGAAGACAGCUUUGUUGAUCAUGCCAUCUAGCUUGAAGAUAAUGUGCAAACGUAAAUCUCUGUUGAGAAAGGGACUGUAUAGCAUAACUUUUAAUUAAUGAGAUUUUAGAAUACUUUUGCUAAUUACACUAUGUGAAACUUGUUUUUGCUUGGUGAGACAAUGCUGCUAAGCAAACCUGUUCUAAUGUGAUAAGGAUGAACUAGUACAAAGUUUUUGAAAUAAAUUCAAAGCUGCACCAAUAAUAUGUAGUGGCCAGAAAAGCUAGAUCCCAAAUCUGCUAGAUCCCAAUUCUUCUGUAUGAUCGCUUUGCUAUUAAAUAUUAAAAAGUAAUGUUUUCAGACAGCUUAGUCUCUGUGAUUGGUAUCUAGGAGUACUUAGUAAAUUGCCCAAUAAUGAGUUACUUGGUUAUUUGAUUUUAUUUUCUGAUGAAGUUUGCAAGCAUCCAUGCGUCAGCUUACACGUUUUCAGCAGCUUCUAAAACUUUAUUUCAGUGACUGGCAUUCGGAUUCGGCCAAACUUCCUCUCGUAAAUUCCAGAUCUGGUGAUUCUAGUGGCUCCGGUGUUUGGUAAGA